CCACACAUCUCUGUGCGUUAGUUCCCAGUUGUGUCUAUUUAACCCGCGUUACCACUGUUUUACUGUGCGCGUCUUCUCGACUGCAGCAGCCCACCGGUUUCGACACUCUUGUUGCAUCUUUUUGCUGGCGCAGAAUGCCUCUACCUUCCUCUACAAUCGAGCGCCGCACCGGUCACACCAGCGAACUACUUUUUAAGUGAUGACAAUUUCAGCAAUUGUGUCCUCGCGCUGCGUCAUUUGCAGGUCUUGAAUUCCACCUGCAAUAUUCCACCUGCAAUACGUUGUGCUGAAUCGCCUGCCUAUUUAACUUGCACUAAUGCUGCUUCACUGCCCCUAAUCAUUGCAGAUUUUGUCUCAAUAUUUGAAAUAAGUUGAUAAAUAAUUUAGAAGUCGUACCGGCGUGUUUUCAUUUCUAAAAAGAAAAAAUUGGAUCCAGAAAAAUCUAUCAAACUUGCCAACAGAGCCAAGCUGCAUCGAUUUCAUGAAUUGUUCUGUAUUUAGGACAAAAUAGUUGGAUGUAGGGUCGAUUUUGUAGCCUAUUCUUAUAUAACGUCGAGAACCUGGAGAUGUUGCUAUUUUGACAAGUAUAACAAUCAAUCAAGAAGAGGAGAAAACCUCUUGGUUGAAUAUUUGUGAUUUCCGAAUCAUCUUUGGAUUUUCCUGCUGGAUAAAUUGAGGCAAAGUCUCAUCUCAGCAAUCACCUGAACUUGCCUCGAACACCAAUGAUAGUUUGAGUUGAGGCCUCGAAGAACUUAGCUGUGCUGGUAAACAAUGGAGGCAUCCACCAAUGGGUCCAGCUUUGGGAUCGACUCUUUACUUUCCCACAGACCUGGAAGUCCGGUCAUGUCGAAAGGGGACAGUUUGGUGGGAGAGUGCCGGUCACCGCUGGAGUUCAGCCCGAGGUCUGACCUAGAGAGCGGCUGCUCGUCUCCCCCGUCGCCGAGGAGGGAGUGUGUGGAUGAGGCAUUGCAGAGGCAAGGUCAUGCUAUCGGGUUGCCGCCCCAUCUCCAACACGGACAGAUCUCCGCCGGGUCACAGCCGCGGACCGUCACCUCAUCCUUUCUGAUCAGAGAUAUUCUAGCUGACUGCAAACCGCUAGCCGCCUGCGCCCCAUACUCCAGUAAUGGCCAGCCAACUCAAGAAACGGGGCGACUUGCCUCCAAGCUCGCAGACGACUUCAUGGACAAAAUCCAUAGCAACUCAUCGUCAGACAGCGAAUACAAAGGUAAAAGAGUGAUGUAAACAAGCUUAAUGUUUUGAAAUCUAUUAGACUUUGCCACAUUAUUUCUAAUGAAAUGUUUGUAUUCCUACUGUUCUAUAUCCGUUGUAUUUGUGUUAGCUUUAUGCAGAUAUUAGGCUAACCUGCAGUUGAUUUGCUAGAUCAUUAAUUUUAACUCAAUAUUUUCUUAUCAUCAUCAAACGUGUUAAAACACCUGUCCAGGUUUCAAAGUGUUUCUGAAGGUGUAGUGAUCGGUUAAUUAGGCUAUGGUUGUAAAUUGUGAUUAGCCUCGGAAGGCAAAUAGGCAACUGGGGAAAGUAGGCUAUAGCCUAGGCUAGAAGAGUUGCACAAAAGGAAUCCCCUAUAGAAUGUAUCUAAUCAAAUAUUAAAUGAUGCACUUUUACAUUAUCCCAGUAAACCCAAUAAGAGAUUAAUCGUUUGUGUGCCCCCCAAAAAAUAAAUAAAUAAAAAUAACAAUUAUAAUAACAAUAAUAAUAAUAAAUAAAUAAAAUGCUAGCAAAUGGUGAAAGUUGAUCAACAAUAUUAUCCUGGACACUAAAGCUCUUUAUCAGAUUGGCUAUAGUUACAGUAGGCCUAUAAAGGAUGACACUAGCCUAUUAUUUUCUUAACUGUUGAUAUUCUCCAAUGAUUUGGAGGAUAAACAUUAGGUGUCAAACCGUUUUUCCUUUCAGACGCAUUUGCUUGCAUUAGCAGACGUCUUGAAAGCAUCUGUUGAUGUCAGGGAGGCAAGAGAAGAGCUGCAUGGGAAAAGAUGACAGGGUUGCCUCCAGAUAAAUGCCAUCAAGGGUCUGUCUGUUUCCAAUCAUGUCAGCCAUAACAGACAUGUCAUCUCCAUUGACAGUUUAAUGAAGCAGCGCCUGGAUACAAAUAAGUGAACCGUUGGUAUAGGCGAGGACAAUUCCUGCUCGCAGGAAAUAGUAAAUAGAAAUGUGCUUAGAAAUAUAAAACAAAAAUACAAUAGGCCUACUAAAUAUUGACUUGAUUAACUUAUAUAACAAAAACCCUAAAUAUAUCCACCCUCCUUAUUGAUUAAAAGAAAAUGCCAGUUUACAGUAAAAGUGUAUAAUAAGGAUAGGCCUAUAUUAUAAUGUAUUUAUUGUAUUAUUAUUAUUAUUAAUAAUAAUAAUCUUUCGACUAUUUAUUAAUGUGAAUAAUAUAAUUUACAUGUUAUUUAUAGCCUACUAGUGAACAAUGUUAUUAUAUUAAUCCAUUAUAGCAAGGGUUUUACAAAAAGUCCUGACACCUCAGUUUUAAAAAAGGAUCAUGAACAUAAAUAACCUCAAUAUAUUUUGGAUACAGUGUGUGUGUGUGUGUGUGUGUGUGUGGUGUGUGUGGUGUGUGUGUGACAGAUUGUCAUCUCAACGCAGUCAAUUCAGCUCCAAAGCCCUCGUAGGGAGUAGUAUGCUGCUUUGAUUUCAGCGAAUCCGCCUCCUAAUAUUUUGGGGAUUUGAUGCAAUUUGUCCCAGUGCUAAUCAGAUUUGUAACGCGCAAGGCCGGCCGGCUCUUUAUUUCGCUCUCAUCCGCGGCCCUGUGAAGUUUCUCCGGUCGCGGUUGAAAGGCGCCCAUCCCUUGUGGCUCAAUUAGCCGGAUUAUUGUGCUUCUUGAGAGACGACUCAACUAUUCAACUAGCAAGAGCUCUCACGUCGCGUCUCCUCUUUUUGGAGGGUACGGGGGAGAAUAAACUGAGAAAUGUAUAUUACAGUUCAAACCCCAACACGACAGCAAAGGAAAUAAUAGAACAAAGGGGAAUGUUACACACAUCCAAUUGCAAAAACAAUGUGCUAAUAAAAAAAAAAUAUUUUCAUUUGUAGAUAGUCCUAGGCUACUUCUUCAUAAAAACUAGGCGCAAUCUUAAUCAAAUGGAGAGUGGACUAAAGUCCUCCAACACAACACCCAAACAAGGCUAUGAAGUUGUAUAAAAAAGUUAAACUUUGAAAUAGGCUUACGUCCAUUUGUAAAUGUAGAAUUUAAACGAAAUCCCAAUCCUUUUCAUAAAUGGGCAUAUAGCCUAUAACCGAGCCCUAUAUUGAUUUUUGAUUAGGCCCUACCCAUCACUUUCUAGGCUUUAUGAACAUUUGAGAUAUUGUUGUAAAUUUGAGUUUUUCAUAUUUGUCCUAUUCUUGUGUUUGCAGUGAAAGAGGAAGGAGACCGAGAGAUCUCGAGUAGUAGGGACAGUCCGCAUCACGUUCGGAUGAAGAAACCCAGGAAGGCGCGAACAGCCUUCACUGACCACCAGCUGGCCCAGCUCGAACGAAGCUUCGAACGGCAGAAGUACCUGAGCGUGCAAGACCGAAUGGAGCUGGCCGCUUCCCUCAACCUCACAGACACACAGGUCAAAACCUGGUACCAGAACAGGAGGUAAGCACUGCGACGCUUGGUUGUCUUUAGUGUAAUUACACAAAUUAUACCAAUUUAAAAUCACGAAAAGUAUUUUGAUAGUGCCUAAUGGUAGAAUGCAGUAAGCCUAGUAGGCCAACAAUGGUGUGUGUGCACGCCUGCACCUGUCAUUAGGAUUUUAGGGUAAACGCUCUUCACCUCCAGACAGACUAUAUAUUUUCUCAUGUCAGUUAGACAAACUCAUUGGUCACAUAUGAGGUCCAAUUUCUUUCUUAAAAAUUUUCCACACUGCAUCAAUUCCUUAAGAAUAAAGGAGAAAAUAGAACAGAAAUAAAAACAAAACCAUCUUAAAAUACUGGCAAUUUGGCACUGCAUGAAACCUUUGAACAAUGUGAUUCAAAUACUGACAAAUAGCCUUCUACUAGACUAGAGACUAGAUUGUUUUUAAUCAUUCAGACAUUCAGACAGCAAAACGAUAUUAAUAAAUAGGUAUAAAAACAACACUUUGGUGCAUGAAUAAUAUAUCGAUUCAUGUAGGACUAUGCCAUAUCAAUAAUUCAGCCACGCUACUAUAUUUACUCAAUGAUUAUAAUUAUGAAUAAUUUACCUGAUUGAGGAGUGCUUUUCAAUUGACAAUCUGACAGAUUAACCCUCCGCCACGUGAAUACAAGUGACAGAGGACUGAUUUAUCAGAAUAACUGAAGUGCGUAGCUGGGUACAACCACAAUUUAGAUCUUUCUUGGAAACAUAAAAUAAUUAGACUAAUUUCAGACCACAUGAUGAAACCAAUACGAUCCCAACCGAAAGUGAAUGCACGCUGUAAUAUUGCGUAGGCUACAGAUGUUUCCAACUGACUCCGACUGAACAUCAAUUUUGCACUUAAAACACCACAUUUUGGUAACGCUUGUUAUUACAAAGCAGGCCUAAAUCCAUUACGAAAAAACAAAUUUCGUUUAAAUUGAACCAUGCAGCCUAUCUUAUUUGAUAUUUCAACGGGUUUUCCCAAACUGCAUUUUACUCAGUGCAGAUUUGAUUGAAUUCUAAACUUUAGAGUCCUAUAAUAAAAAGAUUCUAACUGCACUUUUCAAACUUGUUUAUAACUUUAUGAUGAGAGUUUCAAUUACUAAUAUCCACUGUUUCUUGUCCGAAUAGAACAAAGUGGAAGAGGCAGACGGCGGUUGGACUGGAACUGUUAGCGGAGGCUGGAAAUUACUCAGCCCUUCAGAGAAUGUUUCCUUCACCCUAUUUCUACCCUCAAAGCCUGAUGUCCAACCUGGACCCCGGAGCGGCGCUCUACCUGUACAGAGGCCCCUCAGCGCCCCCUCCGGCUCUGCAACGACCUCUCGUUCCGCGGAUUCUUCUGCAUGGUCUGCAGGGUGGUAGUGAACCACCCCCUCUCCCCCCUCUCUCCGGUGUGCUUCCCCGGCCAACACAGCAGCGGUGAGCCGGUCGCUCCGGAUAUAUGCCAUACCUGGCAGACUAGGACUCUAUGUGAUAGAGAAAAAAAAAAACGAUCUAAAAUGGUGACAAAAGAAGUCAUGGCAUUAAACAAUGAACUUCAUGACUGAAUCUCGAACUCUCUAAAGUGGACAGGUUUUUACCAUACUGAAGUUAUUUAUUUAUUUAUUUAUUUUUCUCUAUGCAUUUAACUUAUAUAUUUAUAUUUU